AUGCUUCACAGAUUUCUCAACGACCUCCCCAACCUUCGAUCAAUAUCGGCCACUGCUUCUUUUAGUAUGCCUCAAGAUAUCGAUCAAGACUAUCUUAAAAUUGAACAUCAGCGUCCUCAGCCGAUUUUCAAUUUAGAAAACUUGGAUUUAUUGCUCAACAUAGACGCCUUGGUUGUUAUGGCCCAUGUUAAUACUAGCGAGUGGAUCAAAGCACCAUUUUCACAGAAGUGGCUCGAUUUCUUCUUUUCGUUACUUGGCAGACUUGAAGGAUUGAAGAGGAUGUCUUUACGUUCCUUGGACAAUCAUGCUGGACAACUUUUACUCUUGAAGAAUGGAUACUUGAGUCGGCUUGGAAAUCUCAAGCAACUGAGAGAGCUACAGUAUGGAAUUUCAUUUUCGCCAUGGUAUGAGUGGGGGAAAGAGGAAGCAAGAUGGAUCUUAGAGCAUUGGCCAAGGCUUUGCUGUAUGGAUGUGCUAGAUAUACAAGAGCUAGACGCUAUAUCUGGCGACUUUAAAGAGGAAAUGUUGACUCAAAAGCCGCUGAUGGAGAUGCGAUCUUCUGUUGCUACAAACCCUCUCUUCCAGAUACUCUUCUCACUCACGAUCUGGUCCUUGAUACUCGGCAUUCCACUCUUGAUUCUCUCCAUUGCUUUUUAUUAUAUGGCUCGAGGAACUGGAAAUGUUGCAGGCUUCGUAGUCGAUAAAGCCACAAAGCGAGUUCGACAGUACCAACAGGAGCAAAGGAAACAGGACGAUCUACUCAUGGAUUUUGGUCAAAGUAGUAGCACGAGUAGUAACAAUAGUAGUAAUUGGAAUUCUCAUGACGUGUAUAAGAGAACAGGUGUAGGAGCAGCAUAA